AUGUCAUAUAAUAAGAACAACCAGCCAGUGAGAUCGGAGCCAGCGUAUUCAGACUAUGAGCUAAUUGAUGUUGAUCCUCAUUUCAAGAGAGUUGUUGCAUACUUUAGACCAUCAGACUACGGAUUUUGGGCGGCUACGACUGCAGGAUUCCCUUUGGCUUUACAAGCAUGGGAGAGGUUAGAACCUAGAGAAGGAGCGUUCAAGGCACCUGCAAGGAUUCCAGGUGGAGCAUUGAGAGCUGCCACGCUAUUAGGGUUUGUCGGGGGCUUUUAUUUUGCCUAUAUUAGAUCUUCAAGAAGAUUCUUAGGCUGGUCAGAGAACGCAAGAGAAGUCAAGAAAGACCGUUACCAAAUUAAGAAACUUUUGGCUCAAGAAAAGUUGCCAUAUCAUGAAAAUGAGUCAGUUUUGGAUGAUAGGUUAAAAGAUAUUGCUAACAGAAAUUCUCAAUAUUCAUUCGCUACCAUGGCAAUCAUACCCUGGUUCAACUUUGCGCAUCACCCAUACCAUGGGGUAAAUAUUCAAAAGUAUUACGAAAACAGACCAGGCGAAGAAGAGUGGGGUUUUAAUAAUUUGAAGCCAUAUGAAGACAUAAAAGCAAAGUAUGUAAAGCACAUAGAGUAA